AUGUACACGGUGUGUGUUUCAUAAUUGACAUUUUUGGAAGAAUUGAGAAUGAGCGAAUAGAUGUAAUCGGAGCUAGAAUCCUCAAAGCGACUCCACGGCGUUAGUGAAGUUCAUCAUAAACUUCCUUCACCAUGGAGUGGAGUUUAGUCCUCUAUCCAUUGCCCAGAGCUUCAUUUUAAAUGAAAGCAAGCCGAUUCUGAGCUGUUUGUUGUUUGACAGCUGGUCCGCGGAGUGCGGCUGCGGCYAUGGCUUGGAUAGCCUCGCUAUGUCGGGUCAAUUGGAUGGCACACAAUUUGGCCUCGGAGUUCUUCUUUAUGAGCUGGCUGACAUUUUUCAUCACCUCACACGGUACCAGUCACGGCGUGUCAGUGUCUGAGAUCCUAGCAGUCAGGGAGCUCGAUGUGGACAGCGGGACGAAAGAUGACGGCAGGUGGCAGAAAAUGCCUCAGAAAUCGGCUGAGGCCUAUCCAUACGCAUUCACAGUGUCCUAUGUGGAGAGAGCGUGGCAGCACCGCUGGCGGUGUAGUGACGUCACCUUCCACUGUCUAGAGGGGGCGCUGUGUCAGCAGUGGGUCCAGACCAUCAGAGAGCAGCUCACAGCACUGACCAGCAGACCCAAGCAUUUGCUGGUGUACAUCAACCCCUAUGGGGGCAAGCAGCAAGGCGAGCGUAUUUACGAGCAGAAAGUCGCCCCUCUCUUCACCCUUGCCUCCAUCUCCACGCACGUGAUUGUUACAGAGCAUGCCAAUCAUGCCAGGGACCACCUGAGGACAGAGGCUGAGUUGAAGCAAUAUGAUGGAGUGGUGUGUGUGGGCGGGGACGGCAUGUUCAGUGAAAUGGUUCACGGCCUGGUCUCCCGGAUCCAGAGGGACAACGGCGUGGACCAGAACAGCCCGGAGGAGAAGCUGGUACCCUGUACUCUGCGCAUCGGCAUUAUACCCGCAGGUUCAACGGACUGCAUCUGCUAUGCAACUGUAGGCAUCAACGACCCUGUGACCUCGGCCUUACACAUCAUAGUGGGAGAUGCCCAGCCAAUGGACGUGUGCUCGGUCCAUCACAACAACACAUUCCUGMGGUACUCUGUGUCCCUGCUUGGGUACGGUUUCUAUGGCGACGUGCUGGCAGACAGCGAAAGGAAACGAUGGAUGGGACCAGCCAGAUACGACUUUUCAGGUUUUAAGACGUUUCUCACACAUCACUACUAUGAAGGGACUGUGUCUUUUCUACCAGCAACUGACAUAUUGGGAACUCCACGAGACAAGACCAGGUGUAGAGCUGGGUGCUUCAUAUGCCAACACAACGGACAGCUGUAUUCCGAGGAUGCCCCAGAGAUUUGCGAGACUGAUCCAGAUGUUUCAGACAGUGAAUACAAAGGGGGGUGGCGGGUGAUCAGAGGGAAGUUCCUGGCCAUCAACGCRGCCAGUAUGAGCUGUGCCUGUCCCCGWAGCCCCAAGGGCCUGUCCCCCGCCGCCCACCUCGCUGACGGCACCACCGACCUCAUCCUCGUACGCAAGUGCUCCCGAUUCAACUUCCUGCGCCACCUGCUACGCCACACCAGCAAAUACGACCAGUUUGACAUGACCUUUGUAGAAGUGCACCGUGUGCGGCGCUUCCGCUUCACGCCGCGCUACUGCCAGAGUGACUCCGAGUUGGACCUGAGGGAGAAUGGCAAGAGGCUCUUCAGCCAGAUCUGCCGAGACCACCCGGCCUGCAGCUGUAGCCCUGCCUACAGCAGCUGGAACUGUGACGGCGAGAUCCUCCCCCACGCUGCCAUUGAAGUCGGAGUGCACUGCCAGUUGAUCAAGCUGUUUGCGCGAGGGAUCGAAGAGCAGCCUGUGUUUGAGGACCUUCCCAACCCAUGUGCAGUAUAGAUCCCCCCCCUCUGCUGCCCUACCCUAUCAAAGUCACUGGAACAGUCCUACUGCAUUUCAAAGGCUACUGCUGUCAUAUCCUUACCCSUGUACACUACCUUUUUCUGAUGUACUUUGAGGUCUUUCAGACAUCUGUUUUCUGGGGCCAUUUUUGUUUGUCUGCCACAUUUUAGAGGUCACAAGUUCACAGGUCAAAGAGUACUGGUGAUGGUACACCUACAGAGAGGUUCACUAUCCACAUCCUGAAGAAGAAAUUAUGAAAAUACUAAGCGGUAUUGAAUGAAACUCUUUUCCGCUCUCUUUUUUCAAUAGAGCGAUGUUAACCUAGCAAUUAACAUGCUGUUCAACAUUUAUAGAACUCCUCUUUGCAUGUUUUACAAUGUAUGCUGCUCCAAAUUAUGAAUAACUGUUACAACGUUUUGUUUAUUUAUUCAUUUCGAGAAAACAUUUAAUUAGAGGAUGUUUGAAUUUUGCUAGCUGCUUGCACUUUUGUUUCAAAUAGGCCGUAUGCAUUUUGACCUUAUAAGCAAUGCCUUGUUAGAGGUUAUUUCACAGCACCUAAAAAGCAUGAWUUUGAAUACAUAUGUGUUGAUGAUCGGAUAUUGGGUGAACCAGAGAACUCUCUAGGGCAGUGUUUCCCAACUCCAGUCCUCAAAUACCCCCAGCAGUACAUUCUUUUUAUUGUGGCCCCGAACAAGCAMAACUGAUUCUACUUGUCAACUAAUCAUCAAGCCCUUGACAAUUGAACCAGGGGCCUCAUUUAUCAACCUUGCAUACAUGUCUUACUUAGUUCUGAGGUACGUGGAGAUUCUAGGAUUUGCGCACGCAACAUAUACGCAUGUUGUCAUUGUUAAAUCAGAGCCAUACGAUAUUUGUGGGUUUGUAAACGAGCACUAAAACCUGACUUGKAAAACGCCCUCCAUUCACAUUUUAUGGUAACAAAAAUUCCCAAAUUUGCUGUAUGAUUUGGAGAUGCUGGAGCUGGGCCAGGAAAGUUCCUAAAAUAAAUCGCAAUAGCACAUUUGAUCACAUUUCUGUACAUGUGUGUGCAGAAUGUUUAAAAAUAUAUAUUUUGCAGUGUCAUAUGCCUCCUAUAGCGAGUGCCAAACACUGUCCACGCGUACAGCAAGAUUGAUUGUCCAUUCGAAACAUUUUAAAAGUAAAUGCUACAGCCCACACUUCUAUGCAAGAAUCUAAUUGUUGUUCAAUAUUUAGUUAAUCAAUAGAAGAUAGAAACACAAUCUCCUGCCUUGGUAUAGACUCUGAGAUGAAUAGGCUAUUAUGUCUCGCCCCUGUCGCAAAGCAAUACUGUGGCCUAGCCAUACUGUCAUAUAGGCUAUCAGUCUAUGGUUGGCUAUUGAAUGAGUGAUGGAUAAAUGGUAGCCUAAUAAUUGUUGCGAAGCGGGAAUAAACCAGUCGUCAGAAAAGGAGAGAUGUCCUGCAAUAUGAUUUAGGUCUAUAUAAUAAAAGUUAAAUAAAUAUAUUAGGCAACAUGCUGCUAUGCGAUCUUCAUACCAACGGCAAAUGCAUCUGUGUUAUCGUUAGACCAACGUUUUAAUGUUUUUGUUCGCCUAACAUUCUUAGAAUUCCUGUGCAUCAAACACCCCAAUUUCCGCCAAAAUAACAAUAUUUGCUUGCAAUACCACUAGAAGUUGCAUGGUUUGAGAUUUGCGUGGAGCUAUGCAUGCUUUCAAGUUCAAAAUUGGUAAAUACCAAUCUUUACGGGAAAACUGGCGGAUGCAAUGUUUAGUCUUUUUUGUACGCAUUUUGAUAAAUGAGGCCGCAGUUGUAUUUGUUUGGGGCUACAACAAAAAUGUGUGCUGUUGGCGGUACUCGAGAACAGGAGUUGGGAAACACUGCUCUAGGGGUACCAGAUACCAGCCAGACUCUUACCUUAAAGGAGAAGCUCGKUUUUUUUUWWAUAUUUUKUUUUACAAACAAAUCUGUAUUUUGAAUGUAAAUGGCAUGUUAUAGAAGGGUCCAGACACUUUUUUUUUUGGUGCGAUUUCACGUGUUUGUGAGAAACCCCAAACAGAGAUUCUCUCCCUCAUCCUCGUUGUGCAAUACGGGUGCUCUGGGAAAAAACAUGAGUAAAUGCUCCAAAUACGUCAUCUUUUAAACGAUAAUGCUCUCAGUAUAGUAAUGCAGGUCWUUAGAUAUUGUACACGUGUAAUURUGUCAUUCCGAACUUUUCCGCAACGKUAUAUUCAGUUUUGUGAGACGAGUUUUUCCCAUAUCCAGUUGUUCMAUUAUCUAUGUAGCCUGCUGCUAGAAUGGACGGAGAGGUAUCACUCCAGUCGCAACAAAAUGGAAUAUAACGUUGCGAAUAAAGUUCAGAAUGACACAACUUCAUGUGUACAAUAUUGGAAUUUGGCUUCKAGGUCCCCUCGUUAAGGCCAGAAGUCACUAAAGCAGGUCUUAGUAACUGGUAUCUGGGCCUUUGAGCCAUAAAAUUGGCCAAUGGUGUCCUUAAGCGAUUAAGAUGUUUCAAAUGUGUAGUCUAUUUAACCCCUCUGGUAGAGUUUCUGCGAAUCUCUUAGAGGAAUGUGUCCGUCUCCCCUCUAUCCAUGUCUGUCUAAUAAAUAGUUGUUCACGUCAUCUUUUGCAUACAGCCUUUCUCCACACCUUGAACAGUUUUCAAUUCUAAAGACCUCACUAUACUGGGAGCUUUCCGGUUUCUAAAAGGACUUAUUUGGGUGUUUUUGGAGCAUUUUUUUCAUGCUUUCUCAGAGCCCCUGUACUGCACAACAAGGAUGAGGAAGUGAAUCGCUGGUUGGGAUAAAAAAAAACGACAUUGUCCUUUGAUGUGACAUUGAAACAAACMAUCACCAAAUCUAAUGGUACACAAAAUGUCCAGACUGGCAAGAUUCACAUGGGAUGCUGAAAACUCAACAAUGUAGCUCAUCAACACAGUGUUUGCACUAAAACGUGUGACUUGGUACCAUAAAAAUAGUAGCUUUAGGCACAUUUUACCAAGCUAUCUCUGCCAUUUGCUGCAUUGUCAUUCCAGGUUUAGAUUCCUUGAUAUCUGAGGUAUAGCAGUUAAAGGAAAAUUCCACCCCUUAAACUAUCUUUUGACAUUUAUUUCAUUAGUCCAUUGUUGAUAUUGUCUYAAUGUUUUGCAUGUCAGCAAUCAAGUUUUCAAGAUGUAUAACUUUCAAAAUACAGAAAUACAGCCGAUAUGAUGCAUUUUGCAUCAACUCAUGCUGCAUUUCAAUCAUAUGACGCAAAAUGCAUCAUACGGCUGUAUUUCGAAAGUUAAGAUAUCUAUCUAACUUGAUUGCUGACAGGCAAAACAUUUUGUACUAAUGAAGCAAAUACUAAAAGAUUGUUUUUGGGUGGAGUUUCCCAAAAAGGUUUCUGGUUCGAGUUAGUUGAGAAAUCAGAUAAUUUUUUUCUUGAGCAAGGAACCAUAAUUUCCCCUGUARGGCGCUCUGGAUAAGAGCAUCUGCUAAAAUGACAAAAAAUUGAAACUGCAUACCAUAUAAUCCAGUGCUGCACAUACUAUGCUGGGUGUCACUGCCCUCCGCACUGUCCCGCUGGUCUUGCUGCUGCAGACUAGGAAAAUUGUAGCAGUUGCUGAACAUGAAUAUGCUGUGACAACAGUGACUAGCAAACACCACAUGGCUGUUUUCCGCCCAUCUGACCAAAAUACGAGUCUCUACUGUAUGCUACGGUGACGUAGCUUGGUUUAGACUCAUUGUGCACUGAUUUUUACUUUGGCAUCCUCAUUUGUGAGGAAUCUUGGCUGCAUUCACAAUUCCUUUCUGACCAUGCACUCUCUUCUCUGAAUUGUCCACCAGGCAGCCAUCAGGCAGAUGGUCGUCCAUCCAUCCAAGUUCCUUUUAGCUUUAGCUCGGCAGAACAGAAUUACGCUGAUUCAUCAUCCACUGUGACAUACACCCCUCCACCAGCACUAGGCACCCAUUCAGUUUGGUACACUUCCAGGCCCAUUAGAAACUCUCUGUAUCAGCGGGGCCACUCUUAAUGCUGCAUUCUUAAUCUUGGAGGUGCCCCCCUCAUUUAUGCCGACCCGCUUUACAUUAUAGGAGUGCUGACUGUAGCAGAGUGCGGCUCCCCUAUGGAGGGGAGAGCAGUGUGCGUGUGUCUGAGAGGCCAUUACUCCACUAGAAAUUGUGGGGCCCUAGCCGUCACCCCUAAGGAGUGUGUGUGUGGUGUCAAUAGAGCGCUGUGGGAAGUGCAGUGUAAACGCAGCCACAGCAUGGCAGAGGAGGCUUCACGAGGCUCAGCAUUGCGUAGCACCGAUCAACUUUGUCUUGUAAGGGUUCUCAGUGCAAGAGUAAUGACACCACACACACACAGCACACUCUCGUUAGGUUACAACUGAUAUCCUGAUUUAUUGGUAUGUUUUUACCAAUAAAACCCUAAACAAGCGCACAACAGAAACCCCCUCUGUGAUCUUGCAGGUUUCAAGAUGUUACAGGUAUGUAAACUCAGCAAAAAAAGAAACUAUUUUCAGCUAACUUAA